CGCGGGCUCCGGCAUGGCUGACCGGCCGCCUCAGGCCCGGGUGCUCCUGCAGCAGUCCCUGCACGCGCGACUGCAGGUCCGGCCCGCCGAGGGGGACGCCGCAGCCCAGUGGGUGGAGGUUCAGAGAGGACUAGUGAUCUAUGUGUGUUUCUUCAAGGGGGCUGAUAAAGAACUUCUUCCCAAAAUGGUUAAUACACUGUUAAAUGUGAAGUUAAGCGAGACAGAAAAUGGCAAGCACACCUCUAUAUUGGAUCUACCUGGUGACAUUCUUAUCAUCCCUCAAGCCACCCUCGGGGGCAGAGUCAAAGGAAAAAGCAUGCAGUAUCACUCUAACUGUGGAAAAGAAGAAGGGUUAGAACUUUAUUCUCAGUUUGUGCACCUAUGUGAAAAAGAAGUGGCUGCUAACAGCAAGUGUGCUGCAGCUGGGGUUGUGGUGGAACAUGGUACUUACGGGAACAGGCAGGUAUUAAAGCUGGAUACCAAUGGACCAUACACACACCUAAUUGAGUUUUAAAAAUUCCUAAAUUCAGGACUAGAGAGAUGGCUUAGCAGUUACGACACUUGACUGCAAAGCCAAAGGACCCAGGUUCAGUUCAAUUCCCCAGGACCCAUGUAAGCCAGAUGCGCAA